AUGGAUGCUGGGGAUAACACAGUAUUAGGUGUCGUCGUCAGUCAACCAGGAACAGAUACUCCAGUAGAAGGCAAUGUUGUCAAAGACGCUUUACAUCAGACUAUUCAAGAAGAUGGUCAGACACAAAUUUCCAAUCUUACCCUUGGAAUUGUCAAUGUCCCUACAGUUUCAGACAAUCAACGUGACAACGCGAUCAGUGUUCGUCUAACCGGCAGCCAACGUAGUGAGGUGAGAUUUGUGUUCAUGAACAAGCGAAAAAUUACAUCAUAUAACUUAAAUGUAUUACUUUUGGGGGAAAGUUAGGGCCUGUUUAUAUGGAUGCCGGGCUGGCCCGCUAAGCGAGACAGCCCGGUAAGCGAGAUCUCGCUGUGUAGUUAUUUUUAUAGUAAAAAUCAUCGUGCGUUUAUAUGGACAAGCGGGCUGGCCCAGUUGCCGAGAUCUCGCAUGAAAGAGGCGAGAUCUCGCCUACCGGGAUGGAAAUUUCUCCAUAUAAACACUCGGAAGCGGGCUUGCCCGGUUGCUGGGAUGAAAGUUCAAAGAUACCGCCGCAAGCUAUUUUUAACAACUGUCAAAACAAUACAAUGUAACAAAAUUGUCCCGGCAAGCGGGAUGAAAUUUUCUCAUAUAAACACAGGAGAAAUUCAUCCCGCUUGUCGGGCUGUCUCGCUAAACGGGCCAGCCGGGCUUGCAUAUAAACAGGCCCUUACUUUCGUUUGAAUCUUUUUCCUAUACCUUGUAUUUGACAACGCGACCAGUGUUCGUUUAACCGGCAACCAACCUAGUGAGGUGAGAUUUGUGUUCACGAGCAAGCGAAAAAUGAAUGGACAUCAUAUAACUACCUGUAAAUGGAUUAAAUGUAACUUUUUUGAAGGUAAUAAGUUUGUUUUAAAUAUUGAUGCUUUUUUUGGCUGUUUGCUUUUAUAUAAAUUGCUUUAAAAACUGAUCGUUGACGUAUAAUUGUGCAUAAUGAAAAACACAUCAUUAGUUUUCACCGAAUUAUUAUUAAUUAACUAGAAAUACAUGCAUGCAACAACCCCUCGCCUAUAUUCUCCAAACAUUGUUUCAACAUGAAGUAUUCAUAAUUACGCCAACACUGAACGCAGGCUCGCGUUGCUCACGUCAUGUUAGUCAUGGCAACGCGAUUAAUUUACACGAUAAUUGUUUUUUUUAAAUUUUUUGUACCAACCUGCAAAAAAUAGAUGAAACUUUAACACGUUGAAAUACAGAACUAUCAAUUUCUAAAAUAUAUAAAGUAGGUAUAUUAUUUUGGUUUCUAUGGGCUUUAUUUUAAUGUAAAAUUCGAAACGAAAAUCUACGUAUUAAAUUUAAAAACGUUUUUAAAUGUGAAUUGAAAUUAUAACGGCUUUUUGCCGAUAUUAAUACCUUAGGAUUUCUCAUACUAAAUCAAUUCUUAUAAAUGUUUACGUUUAAAAAUUGAAAAAAGGUUUUACAAUUUGUUAUGUGAAACGAUUUUCCAAGCUUUCUUACAUGUAUUUUAUAUUUCCCCCUUCUUCACUCCUGGCAAACAGCCAUAUUUUGAGAUCAGUGAGAUGACCACCCAUACACCCAUGAACCACGCCCGCGAUAUUUGAUGAACUUUAGACCAGUGAACUCUCUAUAUAUAUAUAUAUAUCUGGAACGAUAACAGCGAGCGAAAAGUGAAGCCGACAAAAAAAUCACGACAUAGGUAUUCGUCAUUGUCUUCGUCAUCAACUGUUCAAGAACUUUCUUACAGUAUUAAAAAUCACUUACAUAUAAAAUUUGUAAUUGUUUUGAAAGUUUUUAUCACAGUUUUUAUAUCUUUAUUCACUUAACCUGAAGAUGGAGUUAUACUCCGAAACGUAGUUAUUAAAAUAAUUUUUUACUAAGCCCAUAUGGUCUAAUUUAUAUUCAAACACACGUACAUAUUCAUUUACAUUUUGCUGGCAGGCAAAUUCCGAUCACACAAUAAAUUCUUUAAAAAAUAACGUACCAGUGUAUUGACUAAAAACUAUAAAACUGGUAAACUAAAAAACAAUUCAAACAAUCGCGAAAAAUGGCAACGGCAAAGUCACAGUUGCAAGUCAAUUUACCUACCUGUGAAAUGAAAUUUUCUCGCAAGAAUAUCUCCUUCCUUGUGCAUCCAGAACGACAGUACGACACAAUAUAUUUGAAAAAGUGAUUCUUUUCUCCACACGGGGAAGUUUUCCUCGACUUUUUUCCGACAGGGAACUCAAUGCAGUAAAUUUUAGGAGCAAAACAGUUUGCUCCUAAAAUGUAUUGCAUUGAGUUGGCCAUGUUUUUAAUUUUUUUUUUCGUGAUUGCGUUCAAAUUUAUACUGGCCGUGCAACGGUUUGCAAGAGGGAGAAUGAAACUGACGUCCAAUCCGCGUAAACCUGACGUUUGAGGGACUGAGACUGACGUCCAAUCCGCGUGAAAGACUGGUAUCGAGGCUUCAUUGUUUUCACAAUCAAAUGACUGAAUGUUAUCGUUCCAGAUAUAUAUAUAUAUAUAUAGAGUUCACUACUUUAGACUUCGCUAGUACGUUCCUUUCCCCGGGUGUAAAUAGCCGGGCGGAAUUAAUACCCUCGCCCCGGGCUUACGCCAGGAACGGCGCUCCGAAAAUUACACUCGCCAUAUUUUUAAGAGUUACGUUUUAAACUGAGGGUUUCACUUCGGAUGAAGAUGGGAGCAAUCAUAUCUAAGGUUGGUGAUUCAACUGUUUCAUCAAAACAAAAAAUCCUGUAAACACAGUACAAAAUUUCACUUUUCAGUCGGUUAUGAAUACAUAUAUGUUAUUUACCGGCUGCGAGGCCCGUACUGAAAAAACAUUUUUCCGAGGUCUCAGAAGCGGGCCGAGGGACGCUUCUGAGGCCGAGGGAAAAUAUUUUUUAGUACGGACCGAUCUAAACGGUAAAUAACGUGUUUAUUUUUUUAUUUGAUAGUUCAUGGUUAUAAUGAAUUCCGAUAAAAUUCCAGUUGCGAAGUACAUUUGAGAUCAGUUGCGUUUGUUACUUUAGUGCAAGCAUGGUGGACAAACUGCUAAAACGACGCGAUAAAAGCUGGAUAAAAAGCUUUUAGUUUCAUUGCAAUAGAAUGCUUUUCUACUCAACAAGAAAACAGAAGGUAAACAAAGUAAAAAUAUUUAUUUUCCGAUUCGUUUUGCAGCAUGGACAUGCUUGAAAAAUGCUUUUUCAACAACAUUUAUAAAAACAAUUUUGCCCGAAUAAGCCCAGGAAUCGUCUUUAAACUGCCGUUUAAGGUUUUUUUUUUAAAUUUUAUGUUUAAGGACAAGUUGUAGCCUACGUUGUACUAUUAUAUUUAUGCGUAUAUUUUCGAAGAAUAGCUGUAUAUAUGUAGAAUAUUUGUACCAUUAAAACAUGUAGCAAUGGCAAGUGUUUUUCGAUGUUUAUAUUUGUUUUUUUCGCAGUUUGGUCGGGGAAAAGUGCAUUUCGAGCUUGGCACUAAGUCCACUGAAGCCAAUUCACUGUAUUUUACUGUCUUUAGUAUCGAUAGGGUAGAUUUUUAAACUAUUUAGGUAGUAUUUUGAGUUUGAAAAUUGUCUUCACUCCUCGGUUUUUCGCGAAAAAAUAACUCUUUUGGACCACGGUCAAGAUAUCGUCAAAAGCUGCCCGCUGCUGCAGCCAAUCAGAUUGCAGGAAAUAAAAAAUAAUACUAGGCAUGCACAAAUAAAAAAAUAAAAUGCAUUGUUUUCUUUUGUCAAACUAAACAAAAGAUUUGUGUAUUUCAACGUUGCCAUACCCCUGUGCCACAUAUUGCCGUAACGCAACCGCCAUUUCAAAAUAACUAUGACCCUGGCAAAACACACAAAGCUUUUGUUUAGUUUACAAAACACAAAAGAAAACAAUGCAUUAUAUUCAUAACCGACUAAAAAAUGAAAUUUUGUACUGUAUAUAUUUACAGGAUUUUUCGUUUUGAUGAAACACGCUAACCUUAUGAUUGCUCCCAUCUUCAUCCACAGUGAAACCCUUAGUUUAAAAACGUUACUCUAAAAAAACGGCGAGUGUAAUUUUUGGAAAAAACGUCGCGUGCAUUUAAAUUAUUGCAUUGAAAAAAUGUCGCGUGUAAUUAUUGCAUUGAAAAAACGUCGCAUGUAAUUCUGAAGAAAAAAACGGCGAGUGUAAUUUUGAAGGAAAAAAAACCCGAAUGUAAUGGUAAAAAAACUCGGCGAAUGUUUACAGUCAUGGCCCUUCUCGGCCAUCGUAUAGAAUCACUCCACAUUUAUGCACGUUUUCGUCGAGGAAAGGCAAAGAAAUAUAAUUGACUGUUCGCGGAAAAUUUACAUAAUUGAGCGCCUUAGAGAAAUUGAUCGAGGUAGGUAAAGCUUUGCUGUUUUUAAUUUACUUUAUAUUCUGUUAUUUGUUGUGAUUUUGGAGCAGUUGUGCUCGCAAAUAUGAUUAUUUAUCAGGCGUUUAUAAACUUAAAUAUUUAUAUAUCGUGAAAGGCCACGCUUAUCAAAAUACUCAAUUCAUAUAUAUAUAUAUACUCAAAUUGAAACGGAGUCUUUGUGCUCGCAUUGAUAAUAUUGUGUGCAAAGCUUCAAAACUACAGUGCAUUUUGUAAAUAACAUGAAAUAGUUGAAACGAAAUAGCAUUCUACGUCGAUAAUUUCAAUCACAGUUUUAAUAAUUUUUUUCAAUCUAUUACAGUAGUUUACCAUUUCCACGGGUUUUUAUACUUUCAAAACGCUACAAUAAAGCUAAAUUUGUAGGAAAUAACAUUAUUUCGAUAUAAAAUAUAGUAAAGGAAAUCGAAAUCUAACAGUCAAUCGCUUUCGAUGAGGGAAGCCUCACAUAUCGAUUUUGUCCAUGAGAAACGUCAUAUGUUCGUUUCUCUGGAGUCCCCCCCCCUGAGAAACGUCACAUAGUUAUCGAUAUUUUGUUCUUAUAGUACACAUAAGCUAAUUUUCUACUAUUUUCUACGGUCGGCUAUUGGCGAUGCUUUCGCAAGGAAUAUGUCAUCUUCUGCUGACAUAUGUUUUUUAUUAAUAUAUAUGAACUUCAAAAUUUCCAACGUUUCUUCAAAUUUCUUUUUUUGCCUGAAAUAUUGACAAUUUUAGCGCGUUUUUCUUGAAAUUUGAGUGUUUUCAAUGCAAGGAAGGCGUAAUAAUAUAAAUGUAUAGAACAGGUAUGGUAUUACGAAUGUAUACACUGGUGUUUGUAUCAAGUUGUUUUCUUUUUUAUAUUCUGCAAUGAUGAUUCCGAAAUGUUAAGGCUUUCGAAAAAACCAUCGAAUUUUUCCAUGAUGUUUUACAGAGAAACGCCACAGCUGAAACCCCCCACCCCCAAACGAACAUAUGACGUUUCUCGUGGAAAAAAUUGAUAUGUGAGGCAUCCCUAAGACCUUGACCUUGUUUAUAUUACCGUCGCUUGCAACUAACGAUGAACAGUCGCUCAUAAGAACAUUGCCUAUUCGCGUGAGAAUUUUAAGUUUUCUUAUUUUGACAUAAUAGUUAUUUUUCAAUAAAUAUAUUGAUAUUAAACUUAUUGAAUCAAUAUUUUAAGUUUCAGGCCAGUUGUACCAAAAGUUAUAAGCGCUAGCGCAUCAUAAGGUUUCAUGGUUUUGAUCACAGAGAUCAUAAAUAACACUUUGGGGUACUUUUUUGAAAACGACGUGAAAAAUCGAAGCGAUCUGAAAACAUUUUUUCUAAAUAUUUAACUGUAAAUUAACUUAUAAUGAUUAUAUUCACAAUUAUAGUUAUACAAAUCCCUUAUUCACUGCGUAGAUUCUCAGAUUUGGAAAAGGCAGUACCCCAAAAAUGGCGGCGUGCCAAAUGUUAAUUCUCUCUGUGCAACAGCCGUAAAUUAUUUUAUAUUGCAAUAUCCAGUUAUUGCAAUAUGGUGUUAUUUAUAAUCUCUAUGGUUUUGAUGGCAUGCGACAUGUACGCACUGCGUACCUAUUUUUUAUUAUAUUAAAAUCUUUAAAUAAAGAGGAAAGCGGAGUUAUUUGUAUGCGAGAAUUUGAAAUAAUUUUAUUUCAAACUCAAAGGUAAAAAGUAGUAUAAGGGUAGAAAGUUGUAUAACGAUUAAAGGUAGUUUAGUUUUAAGAACAUUUUAAAACGUUUUGCGAAGCUUUUGUGGUGGAGUUUCACAUUAAAUUGAAGCUUAUUUUACGUAUAAUAACCUACCUAACAUAUCUAUUUUCGGAAAUUGAUAAUUUUGUAAUUAAAAGUGAGAUUUUUAGGGGAUUUUUCAAUUCUAAAAAUAUUCUUAAUAUAAUUAUCGUGUUCCAUGACAACUACUUUGACUACUUCAUUUUCGGAAAAUAUAUAAUGGUUUUGCCAGCAAGGCGAGCGGUUUCUGCAUUCAUGUAUUUCUAGUUUGUAUUGUAUAUUUGUAGUGGACGCUGCAACAAGAUAUAUCAUUCCGAAAUAACAUGUCUGAAGCAAUCGCCCAGUUUUGUGGUCAGAGUGAUGCACGAUUGGCCUCGUGCAAUCUCAGACGGUAUGUUAAUAAUGAAGUAUAUAUUACAAUAAAAGGUAAUACAUGACAUCACUAUCAUGGUUUUACGUAUUAUAAUACCAGGAGUACAUAUAAUGUAAUAAUAAAAGUGAAUAGACGAGGUAGGUUUUUGGUGAAGUAUAGAUUAACAAAUCAGAGCUGACGUUUCGUCCAGCAAAUGAAGCUAAAGCAUACUAGUGUUAAUGAAAUUCAAAUCAAAACAAAUUCUUGGAUCGAAUCCUCCAAGACGUUAUAUAUAUAUAUAGAAAUUACAUGGAUCAUGAAUAUAAUAUGAUGUAAUCGAAUGAUAUAAAGACUGUGCCACUAAAAUUAAUAAGCUCAACAAGGAGACUAAACAUUUAAUAGGAAAAAUCAGCGAUACAAAGUUUGUAAGUCGACGUUUCGAUGUCAUCAUAACACCAUUAUCAAGACUAAGAUAAAAAUAAGCUAGUUCACUACGAUUUAAAUACAGAAUUUUGUGUAUAGAAUACAUUAUAAUAACAUUAAAUUACCAUGUUAUAAAAACAAAGUUAAUGAGGCAUACUAAAAUAGUUUGGACUUAAUUGAGUCUGACUGUCCGUUCAAACUAGGUUUAUAUUGUUUAAUAAGCAACAUUUCAUGGAUUAGGCAAUCAAAUUUGUUCUUACACUUGCGAAGGAUCGAAAAAUUUUUGUUAAGUGCCUCCACACUUUCUCCAUGUACGUCUUUAAUAUGCUUUCCCACGACAGAGCUCGUAUGUUCUUCAAUCCGUUGAUGUAGGUGUCGAGUUGUAAAACCGACCUAACCAGCCUCGCACUGGUCACACUGGAACUUGUAGACAACGCAUUGUUUGGACAGUAGAGCUGGCUUCUUUUCGCGUACUCUCAACUCCAAUUUAAUUUUCUUACUAACAAAGACCUGUCUUAAUCGCUUUCCCACUUUAUUCGAUAAAUCAGACAACUGAUUCUUCACCAUUGUCGCUGAUUUCUGAUCCUUAAACGGUAAGACAAUGUUAAUGGCGUCACGGUCGUCAACUUUAGUUUGAUGAGGAGCGUUGUCUUGGGAACCAGAGUCUUGAGCCACAAAUUCAUUUACAACUUUCGAAAUAAUAGAUCUAACCAACGCCUCAGGGUACUUAAGUCGAACAAACAAAAGAAGGAGCCGAUCGCAUUCUUCUUUAAAUAAUUGAAGCGAUGAUGACAACAUUUUAGCACGGUGUAACAUUGUCUUAAUCAGACCUAUUUUAUAUCGAUUAUCGACUUGACUUUGAUAAUGAAGUAAAAGGCCCGUGUCCGUGGAUUUGCGAUAAACACUUGUUGAAAGGCGGUUUCCUUCUUUCGUCAGCAUUGUACCGAGAAAGGGAAGCUGACCAUUUUCAUUUUGAACUUCCAUUGUAAAUGACAGCGAAGGAUGAGCGUUGUUUAAGGCUUGAUGGAAACUAUGAGCCUCAUCCAUGUUGGCAACAGCACUUAGUGUAUCGUCACCAAAGCGGUUAUAGUUCUUUGGCAUCUUCCCUUCGUUUUCUAACUUUUCUUCUUUUUAGCACAUCAUAGCAUUUGCCAUGAGAGGCCCCAAAGGGGAUCCCAUGGCAACGCCAUCAACCUGUUUGAAUAAUUGCCCAUCAAACUGGAAAAGUUGAUCUUUUGUAGCUAUUUCUAGCAGCUUGACCAACUGACAAACCACUGAUUAACAACAAGUACAUGAUUAAUGAUGUCUUUGAGUUUGUUGAAGAUAUCAAACAUAGGCAAAUGAGAGAAUCAGAUAUCUUGGUAUCCUUUGAUGUAACCGCCUUGUUUACCAACGUUCCUGUCGAUGAGACAAUUAAUUAUAUCGUGAAAAAGGCAUUUGCAGACAACUGGUUCAAUGAUGUUUACAACCUCAAUUUGUCUGAAGAUCAGUUGGUCAAGCUGCUAGAAAUAGCUACAAAAGAUCAACUUUUCCAGUUUGAUGAGCAAUUAUUCAAACAGGUUGAUGGAAUGAUGGGGUUACCAUGGGAUCCCCUUUGGGGCCUCUCGUGGCAAAUGCUAUGAUGUGCUUAAUAGAAUAAAAGUUAGAAAACGAAGGGAAGAUGCCAGAGAACUAUAACCGCUUUGUUGACGAUACACUAAGUGCUGUUGCCAACAUGGAUGAGGCUCAUAGUUUCCAUCAAGCCUUAAACAACGCUCAUCCUUCGCUGUCAUUUACAAUGGAAGUUCAAAAUGAAAAUGGUCAGCUUCCCUUUCUCGGUACAAUGCUGACGAAAGAAGGAAACCGCCUUUCAACAAGUGUUUAUCGCAAAUCCACGGACACGGCCCUUUUACUUCAUUAUCAAAGUCAAGUUGAUAAUCGAUAUAAAAUAGGUCUGAUUAAGGCAAUGUUACACCGUGCUAAAAUGUUGCUAUCAUCGCUUCAAUUAUUUAAAGAAGAAUGCGAUCGGCUCCUUCUUUUGUUUGUUCGAAUUAAGUACCCUGAGGCGUUGGUUAGAUCUAUUAUUUCGAAAGUUGUAAAUGAAUUUGUGGCUCAAGACUCUGGUUCCCAAGACAACGCUCCUCAUCAAACUAAAGUUGACGACCGUGACGCCAUUAACAUUGUCUUACCGUUUAAGGAUCAGAAAUCAGCGACAAUGGUGAAGAAUCAGUUGUCUGAUUUAUCGAAUAAAGUGGGGAAGCGAUUAAGACCGGUCUUUGUUAGUAAGAAAAUUAAAUUGGAGUUGAGAGUACGCGAAAAGAAGCCAGCUCUACUGUCCACAUUAUUAAUACUUCCUCCCGUGAGAAACGUUUUGGUGAUAUCUGGAAAGCUUAUAACAUUUGUCCAAUCCCAAAGUGUAAUCCUUGUACUGCUUUUGAGAGUAUAAGGCCUAUAGCAAUUACAAGCAUUUUUUCCAAAAUACAAGAGAGUUAUGCGUUGGAAUGGAUGUUGGAUGAUUCCAAAGAGAACAUCGGCAGAAGGCAGUUUGGUGGAAUCCCUUUUUCAUCACCGGUAUUGGCAUUAUUGGAAAUGCUCCGCAACUGGUAUUCAGCAAUGGAAACUCCAGAUACAGUGAUCCGUGUUAUAUUUUUAGACUUUACUAAAGCGUUUGAUCUCAUAGAUCACAAUAUCCUUCUAUCCGUUUUGAAAGAGGUGGGUAUACGGCCUGCCUUGUUACCCUGGCUAGCGUCGUAUCUGUCUCAACGUCAACAAAGAGUUAAAUUUGACGGGAAAUUGUCUGAGUUUCAAUACAUCAACGCAGGUGUACCACAAGGGAGCAAGAUUGGUCCUUUUUCCUUCAUUGCUAAGAUUAAUCGUCUACUGGAUGUUGCAGUUACGGGCAAUUCAACAAAUACGGAACAAGUUUCAAUAUUUAUACACGAUACUACGUUAUCGGAAAUAUUGGAUGUAACUAACCGUAAGUCAAAUCAACCAAUUGGAAACAUGGAAUUUAAUAUCCAGAGGAUAUCAAACUUUUGUGCUGAACAAAGGAUGGUAUUGAAUGUUAAAAAAACAAAAGAAAUUAUUUUUGAUUUUCGUGCCAAGAAAACUACAAUAAGAAGUAUCAAGCUAUAUGACUCCCAACUUGAAAGGGUCUCAUCUUUCAAAUUAUUGGGAGUAUGGCUUCAGGACAACUUAAAGUGAGAUAAAAAUACUGAGUUUAUCGUAAAGAAAGCAAGGAAGGGGUUGUAUUUUCUCAAAGUACUUAAAAAGUAUGGAGCACCAACACAGGAUUUGCUACAAUUUUAUUGUAGUGUAAUUAGAUCAACCUUGGAAUAUGGAGACGUGUUGUGGCAUGGUGGAUUAACCAAUGCUCAAAGUAAUCAAAUAGAAAGAAUACAGAAAAGAGCUUUCAGAAUAAUAUUACCCGGUAUCGAUUACUCAGUGGCCUUCAAUCGCCUUAAGAUGCAAAUGCUAAGUGAAAGGACGCGAGACUCAUUGUGUUGACUUGAUGGCAAAUAUAUCUUCACCCGAGCACCGUAUACAAAACUUACUUCCAGAUCGUGUUAGAGAUACAAGACAAAGAGAAACCAGAUCUAAUCCCAAUAUGUAUUAUAACUUUAAGUUUCGAACAGAGAGAUUUGAGAACAGUCCUUUGGUGUACGCUAUAAAUUGUUAUAGUAGUAGUUUAGCGAGAUCUUAGUUUUACCAAGUUUUACAAACCUUGAUAGUUCAAUUAUAUAUUUUUUAAUUAUCUAACAACUCAUAUUUCACUUUAUAUAAGGUAUUUUUAUAAAGAAUAUUUUACAUAAUGUAUAAUGUAAACUGUAAAUAUUUCAUCUUAAAUUUUUAAUGUAAGUGCAUGGCAAUUAAGGCUUUAUAUGGCCUUCUUCAUGUAUCAAUAAUUAAUAAAAAUAAUAAUAAUAAUAAUAAUAAUAAUAACAAUAAACAAUGCGUUCUCUACAAGUUCCAGUGCGACCAGUGCGAGGCUGGUUAUGUCGGUUUUACAACUCGACACCUACAUCAACGGAUUGAAGAACAUACGAGCUCUAUCGUGGGAAAGCAUAUUAAAGACGUACAUGGAGAAAGUGUGGACGCACUUAACAAAAAUUUUUCGAUCCUUCGCAAGUGUAAGAACAAAUUUGAUUGCCUGUUGUUGCUUAUUAAACGAUAUAAACCUAGUUUGAACGGACAGUCAGACUCAAUUCAGUCCAAACUAUUUUAGUAUGCCUCAUUAACUUUGUUUUUAUAACAUGGUAAUUUAAUUUUAUUAUAAUGUAUUCUAUACACAAAAUUCCGUAUUUAAAUCUUAGUGAACUAGCUUAUUUUUAUCUUAGUCUUGAUAAUGGUGUUAUGAUGACAUCGAAACGUCGACUUCAAAACUUUGUGUCGCUCAUUUUUCCUAUUAAAUGUUUAAGGAGACUAAAGUCGUUUAAUUCAUUAAUUAAUCUUGAUAUUCUUCUGCAUGUGUGUCGCGAUAGUGGUACUUCCAUUGACUAAAGACGUUUUCUGUUAAUUAUAGAAAUCAACUGAACGAGAUUAAUUUCCAGAAUAUCGAGAUUUUGCCCCAUUCUCCCACGCAAGAUGCCGACGAUUCAGUUCUGUCAUUCUUUGUUAGUCUACCAGAUGGAGCAACAAUGCCCUCAGAUAUUUUGAACUAUAUUUACAGUUCAUCACCAAAUGUCAUAUCACAACCUACUGUACUAAAUACGACUAUGAGUCAAAAUCCUGUCCUGACAGCUGAUCAAACUGAAAACCUUGUACAACUUACAAUAAAUGGACUCAAUCCAACACAGGUAUACCGUUUUUUUUAUCAUCUACGUGUCUACGAAAAAUUGCAUAUGCUAACCAAACAAACCCUGAACUUUAUUUAAACUAUAGUUACAGGGUUCGGAGUGAGUGUAAACUUUGACAACAACAAUAGCGAGUUUUUUACAGUCAAAAACAUUACGCAAGCAUUCAAAGGACGUUUUUGGCUUUCUUUGACUCAAUAUAAGUUUAAAAACCGGAUAAGUGCAUCCACACUCCACAGAUCUAUUUUUGUUCAAAAUAUGUAAAUUACAAACCCUGAACUUUAUUUAAACUAUAGUUACAGGGUUAGAAGUGGGGGCAACAGGAAUAGCCAUCUUCUAGUUGGCGCAAAAGUAGCAGCGUGAGAAAGGCUUGUUUUUAACAAAUUGGCGAAUCGGAGAGCUUUUUUGAUCCGCUAAAAGCACUAAUAGUGCAUUUAAGAUGAUAAAUGUAUGAUUUAGCCGGCAAGUGAUAGCUUUACCUUCAAGUUUCAGGGUUCGAAACAUAUGUACCCUAGUACAGAUAUUUUUUCGUGCGCCAUUUUUAUUUUUUCGUUCUGGCAAAACUUAAAAUUUGAUCACUAUUCACCGUCAAAAUAACAAAUUAAAUCAUAUAUACCAUGGCGUAUAUUUUCUUUUUACUGUGAUAUAAAAAAUCAAAAUUUGAAAAAUACAAAAAAGAAAAAAAAGAAAAAAUAUAAAACAAGAUUUACAUAUUUUUGGUUCAGAAAUGUUUAUAAAUAAUUGUUUCGUGAUUUAAGCGCAUUACGGAUGUCGCGCCAGCAACAUUGCUUUUGCCAGAGCGUUUCCUGUCCCGGUCUUCUGGAUUGUCUAUGGUAAAAUCAAAUGCCGAUAGCAACGCUUAUGAUAAUUUAUCUAUUAAUAAGUCCCCCUCUCUAAUAUGGCCCCUCCUUUUAGAUCAAGAAAUGUAUUAAAUUGUAAAGACUCGAAAACGUCAGUUGCGAACGUCUGUUUACUUCUGUCAAAUCUUCAGAAAGUUAUACAGUUAUAUUGAUCCAGACAGCAUUUCUGACGAAAUGUUUAUCAAACAAGCUGUUGGGAAGUUUGCUUUGAAUUUUAGGUUAAUUUAGAUUUAAGCUAACCAGCUUUCGAACAACUGUGUGUCCAAUAUUUUGCAAUGUGUAAUAAAUUGCGUUUCUUUGACGCCUCCGCGCCAACCCCCAGUUUGUGGAAUGGGUUUUCAUGUAGGAGAAAUGUACGAGAAGUAAUAAUUUUUAUUAUAUGCAUGGACAAUGGUGUUUUACUGGAAACUAAAACACUCGUAGAACUCAUAUGCGGACCAGAACUCCGGGACCAGAUGCGCGUAUUUUCCGUACUUUACGCUUGCAAGUGACGUACGAAGUUCGAAAAUUUCCCGCCAUUUUCAUCGUCAUUGUUUUGAAAAUACAAAUGGUCUUUGAUUCGUAUAUAAAACGAAACUAACGUUCGAAAUAAAACGAAAACAUUUAAAAGACAUCUUGAGAUAGUAAAAUAUAUUCUAGUAUUUAUCCUCUAUCUCCCCCAUUCUUCUGUUUCCUCUUUCGGCUGUAAUUCAUGCACUAUGCUUCCACUUGAAAUAAGACUAAGUUGUUACUUGCGGAUCUGACAAUUAAAAUCUUAUAUUGCAUUAGGCCUACAUUAAAAAAGGUGAAAUAUCUUAUCAAUAAACAAAUUAUAUGUCUUUUAAUGGCAGGAUGUUAGGUUGGAUGUCGAAACUACAAUUGCAAACAGAUUGAAUGCAUAUUGUCACAAUUCGGGGGCUGUAAUUUGUCUUACUAAUGGGUAGGUUUGUGAAAAGUGUUAUUAUAAAUUUUGUAUUAAUGCCCUGAGUCAACGAAGAUACUAAUUUCGCGCCCGCGGCUAUAUGAAGGUAUGGGUGUUUGCGCCCGGGUAUAAUUAUGAAGGUAAGACAAUAAUCGCGAACAAAUGGCAACUGUAAUGAAAUUAGUUUAAGCCGUUUUUAUACCGUUUAUUGACUAGAAAUACUGAACAUGCAUGAUUUUAAGCCUGCUUCAAAUUCAAACUUUUAUAUGUCGUUUAUAGCUACUAUUGCAAGAAAGUUCAAGUGUUACAUGCCAAAAUUGAAGUUAAUAUAAUUAUCAUGAACAUAAUUAAAACGCGUUCCAAAGAAUUUUGAACAGUUCCAAACUUGUGAUUUUUCGCACAGAUUGGGGAAAAUAAAGAAAAGCCGCAGACUCGUCAUUUUUUUAAAGAAAUUCGGACAGACACAAUUUGAUUGUCUGCACAAUUUUAAACACCUUUUUUGUAUCUGCGAAUGCAGAUAUAUUAUCUGUUUUGACUCUAAUCUCUAUGCAUACUCAUAGUUAAUAUACUUUAUGUCUUAAGUAUGGUCUAUGGAUACAAAUAGAGGCGAAUAUAUGCGAUAUUGCGAUUCGAAGUUCCAACCAGACACAGUACUAAAAUGCGGUGCGCGCGUACAAAUAAAACUUUCGGCGUUUCUAGCCUGCGUAGCAGUCGGUAUUCGCGGGCACAAGAUAUCUCUCGUGCCUGCGAAUACCGCCGCACAAGUAAAGUUAUAUUUAGCACACUACAUUCUCCUGUCGACCGCCAGUUGCUCCGUACGUUAGGAUCAAAACUGCGUUUUAAAGCCUUCAAAAUAAAAUAUUUUGGACUCAAAAUACUAGCAAAAUGAGGAGAAAAUGAGACGAAUCCACUGGCAUACGCCCGAAAACGAGAAAACCAACAAUUCCGAAGUUAUUAAGGAUCAAACGGACUGCAUUUUUAAUUAGUUUAAUAAUUUUGAGCGAUUUGGCAACAAUACAAUUUCGCUUAUUAAAACUGCACAUUAAAACCUUCAAAAUAUAAUAUUUUGGGAUCAAACUACUAACAAAAUAAAGAGAAAAGUGAGACGAAUCUACUGGUAUACGGCCGAAAAAGAGAAAACCAACAAGACGAAAGUUAUCAAGGUCAAAUGUAUUGCAUUUUUAGUUAGUUUAAUAAUUUUGAUCUAUAUGUGAACAAUACCAUUUCGCUUGUCUUUCAAAGGCCAUAAAUCGCUAGAAUACUGUUGUUUAGUAAUACAUUUGACAUCUGUGAGUAAAAUUUCUUACGCUGAAUCGAACGGUGGUCGGUGGUAUUUUUGUCCUUAUUGGGCACAUGAAACCAGAGAUAAGGCGCAGCAAAAAGUCAAUCGUGAGAGUCCGAGAUCAAUUGGAAAGAAAACUUUCCUCGAAAAAAGGAAUUCGGAAAACGUGAAGGAUUAUUUUGAGCGGCUUGUCUUUCGAAGGCCACAAAUCGCUAGAAUAGAAGUCAAUUUUGAAAUCUAUUUCCCAUCCGUAAAUACAAGUUUUCACGCUGAUUCGAACAGUGGUAUUUUUGUCGUUGUUUGACGCAUCAAACCAGAGAUAAAGCCCAUAGGCGUACCGGGCGGGGGGACGUGCACGUGCAAGGAAUUUCUAGUAGGCGAUUAAGGCCCGGUUUAGACGGCGAACUUUUCAUGCGCCGAAUCUAAUUGUCGCAGAUACGGCAAAAUAUGGGAAACUGAUUUAGACGUUGAACUUAAUUGUACCGCACCAAAUUCCGAGGACACUAUAUUGGACAUAUUUACAAUGCAAAUAUAUGAUAAUCAUAUUAUAAUAUUAAAAAAUAGUUAUGCAUUAGGUUCGGUGCAUGAAAAGCACGGCGUCUAAAUCAAUGUCGAACCUGUGUCGCAUAUACGACUUGUCUUGUCGCAUCUUCGGGUCAUGUCGAAGUUAAUCAAAACCUGCCGAACUUAAUUGAUUUAGACGCCGCUCCAGCGUCGCACUUAAUUCUUGCAUUAGAUUCGGUGCAUGAAAAGUUCGCCGUCUAAACCGGGCCUAAGGAAACGUAUUCUCUGUUCUGGUUCCAUGGAUGGAGGCGCCGGGAGAGUUGGUUGACUUGCCCCAAACGACGCGAUGACGGCCUGUGACACAGCCGAGACAAUUCUCUGCAUCGCUUCCUCCGAGAGAUCAGGCGGUGUGAUGUUCGGCGACGCUGAUGGUGUAGCAGCCAUGGCAGGCGAUGUUUCGACCCUAGCUGCACUGGUUGCAGUUGUAGAUGCUGCUGUUGUCCGACGCCGCCGAGAAGAGGCACUAUAGGUACUGCUGCUACUUGAGCUCGGCGCUGGACACGUGUACUUGGGCGAGUUGCGGGCAUUCUAAAAGGAAAAUGUCAGAACGCAGACAGGCAGAAUUGGGUUUGGCCAGAGUUUGCUGGUUGCGUCUGGUGAAGCGAUUCGUGAUAUAGUUGUAUAUUUGUAUAGCUAUAAAUGUAUACGCAUGCAGUAACACGAAAACGUGAACAAACAACGCAGCGGAAUAAUCAUGGCAUACAGCGAAGGUAGCCGCAAAAGAUUAUCCUUAAGAAUUCCUGCAAUAUCUACCACAUUAAACAUUGACAAACAAACAAACAAACAAACAAACAAACAAACUAGAACGACAGUAUGCCUAGAAUAGCCGCAUUGCGGAUCAUUUUUCACUGAAUUCAGCUAAAUUUGUUAUACGUAUGAAUUCCAGACACCCUAUUACGAGGUAUAUCGGUGUCUGACUUUCAGACACUCGAUUCGGUAACCAUCUUGCAUGAUCGUUUAUUCUAUUUCCAGCGAAAUUCUGAAAUUCAAACACCCCUAUAUAUUGCACCAGUUAUUCUAUUGCCCAUCCAUGUUAACAGACAGUAAAAUGAACAUUUAUAUCAGAAUAUUCAGCGAAAAUAGCUAAAAACAUUCAAAAUAAGUUUUUUUUUUACCAAUUCCUUCGAUUUUCAUUGAUUUUGGAGGUAUAGCCUGAACACACUCAGCACAAAUUAUAGAAAAAUAACAAAAACGUAAGCCAGAAAAAUUGCUGUCAGCAAAUAUCAAGAUUAUACAUCAAUACAAUUUAGACACAAUUUCGCAGGAAAUCGCCUUAUUCUUCGAAAUUUGGGGCAAAAUCACGAUGACUUGGCAAUUAAACAGCAUUUUGGCAGAAAAAUGAGAAAAUUCCGCAAAAUAUUGCAAAUGAUAGUACAAAUUCGAAGUUUAGAGCUGUUCAAAAAUCUUUGGAACGCGUUUUAAACUUAUUUGGUUACAACUGCAUGGUAUUAGCAACUUCCCUUCAACGUAAACUUAUUCCAGUUAAUGGUGAUAUCAAAAAGGGAUUUCUUUUAUAAAAAUAUGUUUGGUCAUAACAUACAUGUAUUUUUCUAUCAGAACCUUCACCAAGAAUGAUGUUCUUGUCCAAAUUGAUCCUGCUGCUGGCAAUAUCAAUUUCGUCGUUCUUAAUCCCCAGAUAGGAUCAUCAGUUCCAGCCAGUAGUGUACAAAAUGCGAUCAGUGGAGAGUUUAUGUCCGACCUUCUCGGCUUAGCAUUUACAGUGCCAGUACCGCAGGAAAAUAUUGAUAACGCAAUCAAUGUCGUAUUGAAAGAGUUCCAAGCAGAUCAGGUUAUUUUUUCAUGUACUUAUUAUUGCAAGGGCGCCACCAUGCAGAGCCUUGGAAAUAGUCUUAUUAGGAUGUUUUACCAUGUCCAGAUAUAGCCUACUAACUGUAAACAGUGUAAAGUCUAUUGAUGUUGACUAACAUUUUGAGCCGUAUACUGUAAAGGGCGUGUGUUAUUCAAAUUUAAAAAUGUAUGUACCGCCAUUAGACGUGGAUUCCAAUUGAUCUGGUCAUGCAUAACGAUUAGCUGAGCUAACUCAAUUCUGAAAUGCUCGUUCAGUGAAAUUCGAUUUAUAUACUAGUCUACGUUAACUGUAUAUAGAUGAUAUAAUUAUAUUUGCGACUCCUCAGUUGUCGUCAACGUUCGAAAUGAAGGGUAAUUAUUGUAAAUUUGUGAUUAUGUAAGUUCUUUCAGUACAGUGUGAUUAUUAUGAUUUAAAACGGCAUUAUAUAGAAAGUGCACGUACAAUUCGACAAAUUGUACGUACUUCAAAUUUUUUAUGCAUAUAUAUUUAUUAUAGUUCAAGUAUUUACUAAUUUGCUAUUUAUAUAGUGGUCUCUCCGAGAUGAACUCUUUCGGCGGAACAUGGCAGAGGAAAUCAAGGCAUUCUGUAUCAUGUCAACGUACCAUCGUGAUAUCUGUAACAUUUCAGAGUAAGUCCUUUAAACACAAUUUGAUUGUAUAUAGCAUGAUCGUAUUGCAAGAUAUGUGUCAUAUGUAGGUUGUAGUCUAUAGCGUAAACUUGCUCCAAGUGAGAUCAGUUCAAAAUUAAGGAAACGUAACUAUUCUCAUAACAGGCGGGUUAGACUAUAUGAAGCCAAUUCGAAAGAGAUUUGGAGCAAGUCUAACGCCUGUAUUCUAAAAGCUCACACUCAAGGAGUGGAGGUUCAAUCUGAACUUCUUUGAGUGGCAAUGAUGUUUUUGAAUAGCUGAAGAGUUAGUGUUGUAACUUACUCUGUGACUACUCAUCCUCCAUCUGUUCAAUAACUGCACUGACACUCAAGAGAAGCUCAGAUUGAACCUCCACUCUUUGAGUAUGAGUGUGAGUGAGCUUUCAAAAUACAGGCGUAAGGCUAACAAGGUGCAUGGCAUAAUGCCGUCAGGCUACCACUAUUUUGGAUUUUUCAAUAUACUGUUAACUGUACAACAGGGUAGAUUCCGAUAAUACUAUUUUAAAUCAAUUAUAUAUUUUUAAUCUGAACCGUACUGUAUAUAUUUGACAUACAUCUGUUUCAAUAGACCUUAUGCAUAAUGACGUCAUAUGGCUUGAUGCCCGCGAGGAAUGCCGGUCUUAGUACGGGAAAUUUUCGAUAGUGGCCAGUUUGAAUUGUUUUAUUUUUCUGGGGCAUGACUACUAAGACCAGCAUUCGCCGGGUGCAUCAAGCCUUGUGACGCCAUUAUGCAUAAGGUCUAUUGGUCGAAUUUCAGAUGACUAUUUUUUCAUGUUAUUAUUCGCACAAUAAUGGAAGUUAACAGAAAAUUAAGAGGCGCUAGCUAACGUGCCACCUACCACAUCCACGAGCAUUCCUGUGGUUUCAGUCAUCGAUUUUACGGCGUCUAAUCCAGCUGUUAUUUCGGAGUUGUUUAUAUCGGCUACAUCCAGCCUCGAAUCCACCUUCCUUCCCUCAGAAUGUCUUGGCACCACCUACAAGUCAAUUUACUCUACGUUUACAGGCUACAUCAGCUCAGCAAUGUGGCCAUCCGUCGGCAUCUGUCAAUUCGCAGUAAUUUUCUAUUCGCAUUACCAGGUCUCGAAUUUGAAAAAAAUAAAGGCAAGGCUAGUUUGUCCUUGAAUGUUACUAAGUUUUUCAGGCCAGUACACAGGGCAUCAAGAUUCAAGGCCAGUUUGAAAAUUUUAUUCAGUUGCUAUUUUGAAGUUUCCAUGAGACAAAAAAAAUAUACAGAACAGCAACAAUAUUUAAUAAAAUGGCAAACAAAACUAUGGAUAUUUUUUUAAUACAUUAUUCAACAGACACGCUGACGGAAAGGUGCAUUUAAUUACUAUUUUAAAUUUAUUGCCAAUUUUACAAAUCAUACACUUGGUAUUCUAAAGCCUAAGACUAAGUACUGUAGUCUGGGGUUGAGGGCAAGCCACUACUGGCCAUGGAUUUCAGUAUAUUUCGAGGGCAUAGCGGCCAACAAGCAGGGCAUCGACUGCCAGUGGCCGCCGUGGCCGCCGCUAAAUUCGAGGCCUGCAUUACGUAGGUUUCGCAUUAGCCUGCGAGCAGGUUCACUGGGAGAAAGGAGAGCCUGCACGGAACCAUGCGUUUUAUUCAUUCAUCCCCUUUUCGCAUCUGCUAAACGCGAACCAAUCAGCGUCGACUGGGAUAAUAAACAAAGACUGCCAACUGUCAAAUUGACGCAGGGCGUGAAAUGUUCAACGAAGAAACUCGAAUGAUCGAAACAGUCCAAAGAUCGAUAACAUUUUUGUAUCUGCGAAUGCAGAUAUAUUGCUAUUGUGCGCGUACCGGAAUUUUGUAAGCGUGCUUCUAGCCAAUCAGCGACAGCGUAUAGAUGAAAUGACGUAAUGAUAAUAAUUUCAAAAUGGCGGUUUACUGAAGAAUGAAACAAAGGGAAAUUUGUGAAUUUACAGUUAAAAUUAAACAUCAAACGCAGUCAAAACAACGUAUUUUACUAGUCGGAAUAUGGCAAAGGUCGAGAGUGUAUUUUUGGCAAGCAUUUGAAGGGUUUUAUUAUUUAAUACGCAGAGAUUCAGCUUCAGAUUGGAAUAUCAAUACUUAUAGCAACAGUUGCAACCAGUCAUAAUUAUCAACUUGCAGUAUAUAACUAUAUAUCCUGAACGGGAUGCUCCCUUCUUCAAUCACCCCGAUGUCUGCAACUGAUUGUCUUUUCCAAGAACACCAGGUAAGCAAUUUAUACCCCCCUUCCCCUAUCCCAUACUAUAUUGUCUUACAAUCAACAACAACCAUAUAUCAUAAUUUUCAAACGAAGUCCUGUCAGAAAUUUUCAAACGAAGUCCUAAACCUUGAUGGAGAGUGGAUACAGCCUGGAGGGGACAAGAAGCUCUUUUCUUUUGACAACUCAAGUAUUGUAUGGUGAAAAACUAAAGGUUUGUUGCUGUUUAAAGGUGAGCAAUCAAUGGCUGUUAAAACGAAAAUUUGCGAAGCAAUGCUACAAGAAUCACUUUACCCACCAUCACAAACGCAUUCGGGCAUAUCGCCUGGUGAUCGUAUGGAUGAGAUCGAGAGUCUUAGAUCUGCCCAGUAA